GCGCAUUAAUAUCUGCAUUAAGCGGCCGCAGGUGCGUUUACUGGCGAAAUAAGACUCGGACAGGACUCAGUCAGUCGGCCACUUAGGAGAGCGGGCAAAGGCUAAUGACCACUUUCUGUUCUGUCAUUAGUAAAAAGAAACACACUCGGCCCUCGGUGUCCGUGAACAGACCGAAUGGAGGACUAGAUUUGAAUAUCCCGCCCUGCCAGGCGACUCCUCCACCGAGGCGGAGACUCACCGCGCUGUCCCCUCCAACACAGUGUCGGGAAGCUCCGUUGGCACGGUCCGCUUCCAGCGAGCUAUCACUGAAACAACGUUUAAAAGCAACUGCGGUGGAUUACGAAGCUUGUAGGCUAGUUACAGCUAGGAACCGACACAGAAGAGCAGUUUUCUCCAGUUUUCCCUUCUUUUUUUUCUCCUGGAAAUGUGUCGCUUGGAGAACUAGGAGCGGACACCGCUGCACACCGAAGCCGGGAUGAGUGGGAGCUCCGCGGUGUCCGGCGCGGCGCCCUGCCGCUUCGCCCACUACUUUGUUAUCUGUGGGAUAGACACAGAAACUGGACUGGAACCGGACGAAUUAGCAGGGAUCAGAACUCUUUCCUCUUCCAGUGCCAUCCUCCUCAGCCGAGACUCCUGCCAGUACAACUGUGGUGUUGCAGCUGUUUACUCUGUCACCAGAUACAUUCAGUCACUGGCUCAGUUACUACUUUUUGACAAGCUUUACCCUCUGGAUGUGGUUCUAACAGCAUAGAGGGUUGUGUGCUGUGUUGCUGAGCUUUGUACCAAUGGCUAGAAGCAGACCGCCAAGGCAGGGAUCCUGAUACUGCAGCCACAGGUGAAAACUUUGAGCAGAGCCCCCUGAAGAGGACGUUCAAAUCCAAAGUUCUGGCACGCUACCCUGAGAACGUGGAGUGGAACCCCUUCGACCAGGAUGCUGUCAACAUGCUGUGCAUGCCUAAAGGCCUGUCGUUCAGGACGCAGGCCGACCAGCGUGAUCCGCAGUUCCACUCCUUCAUCAUCACAAAGGAGGAUGGCUCUCGGACCUACGGCUUCGUCCACACCUUCUACGAAGAGGUGACCAGCCCGCAGAUCUGCUCUGCCAUGCAGACCCUCUACCAGAUGCACAAUGCAGAGCAUGCCUCCGUCAACCCUCCUUCCUCCUCCUCCUCUUCCUCGUACUCCUCCUCCUCCUCUAGCAUGGACUCUCUGGCCAGCAGUUUAGACGAGGCCGACUCCCCCACCUCCUCAUCCGCUUUGUCUCGCAGGGCGAUUGGCUACGACUCAUCGCGGGACACCCUCUAUGUAUCCAAGGCCUUGUGUCUGAUCACGCCCAUGCCCUUCAUGCACGCCUGCCGCCGCUUCCUGUCGCAGCUGCACAGGGCUGUUACUGCAGCCACUGCCCCCCCACUGCCACUGGAGAGCUACGUUCACAACAUCCUGUACGAGGUGCCGCUGCCCGCCCCAGGACGCUCACUCAAGUUCCAUGGUGUGUACGAGCCCAUCGCGUGCCAGAGGCCUGGGCUGGGGGAGCUGCCGCUGGCUGACUUCCCCCUCGCAGAGGCCUUUAAUCUGCUGGGAGUGGAGAACCUGGUCCAGGUGUUCACCUGCACCCUACUGGAGAUGCAGAUCCUACUGUACUCACAGGACUUCCAGCGGUUGAUGACUGUGGCCGAGGGCAUCACCACCCUGCUGUUUCCCUUCCAGUGGCAGCACGUCUAUGUUCCCAUCCUGCCAGCCUCUCUCCUCCACUUCCUGGACGCUCCUGUUCCCUACCUGAUGGGCCUGCAGUCCAAAGAGGGCACCGACCGCUCCAAACUGGAGCUUCCUCAGGAGGCCAACCUGUGUUUUGUUGACAUUGACAAGCACUACAUCGAGCUUCCAGAGGACUUUCCCAACUUCCCCAACAAGGCCGAGUUCAUCCAGGAGCUCAGUGAGGUGCUGCUUAGCUUUGGCAUUUCUGCAAACACAGGGGCCCCACCACGGACCCGCACCAGUCCUGGCAGCACUCCCGGCAGCGCCCCCUCCACCCCUGGUAGGGAGCGUAAGACCGUCGCUCUCCGGCAGCUAGAGGACGACGGGCGUAACGGCAACCUGGCAGGGGAGGAGCUGGCUGUUCUGGAGCUGCUGCAGGGAAACGCCACCCUGGAGAGACUGCGGGCGCUGACCAAACGCACCGGGGUGACUGUGGCCCGCGUGGACGCCCUGAGGGCCGGAGUCAAAGCUCAGAGCACUGAGGGCCAAGGAGGCCGGACAGCAGCUGAAGAGGAGGAGCUAAGGAACGCCAAGCUGAACGUCCAGCUGAGGGAGGUGUUCGCCAGCCGCUUCACCACCAUGUUUGCCGACUACGAAGCCUUUGUCAUCCAGAGCGCCCCAGACCUGGAGUCCUGGCUCACCAACAGGGAGCAGAUGCACAACUUUGACAAGGCCUCGUUCCUGUCUGACCAGCCGGAGCCCUACCUGCCCUUCCUCUCCCACUUCAUUGAGACGCAGAUGUUUGCCACCUUCAUCGACAACAAGAUCAUGUCUCAGUGGGAGGAGAAGGAGCCGCUGCUCCGCGUCUUUGACACUCGCAUCGACAAGGCCCGCCUCUACAACGUCCGCGCUCCCAGCCUCCGAUCCUCCAGCUACCAGAGGUGCUCCGUCCUCAAGGAGUCUGCUCAGGCCAUUGAGCAGCGGCUGAUGAAGAUCGACCACACCGCCAUCCACCCACACCUGCUGGACAUGAAGAUCGGUCAGGGCAAAUACGAGCAGGGAUUCUUCCCCAAACUGCAGGCCGACGUGCUCAACACGGGGCCGGCCAAUAAUAAGUGGUCUCACAGGACGGCGACAGCUCAGCGAAGGAAAGACCGUCACAGACAACAAACAGAGCAUCUGAACCUCGACAACGACCUGAAAGAGAAGUACAUGCAGGAGGCCCGCAGCCUGGGGAAGAACCUUCGACAGCCCAAGCUGUCCGAUCUGUCUCCCGCCGUCAUCGCCCAGACCAACUGGAAGUUUGUGGAGGGGCUGCUCAAGGAGUGUCGCAUGAAGACCAAGCGUAUGCUGGUGGAGAAGAUGGGCCGCGAGGCGGUGGAGCUGGGCCAUGGCGAGGCCAACAUCACUGGACUGGAGGAGAACACUCUGAUUGCCAGCCUGUGUGACCUGCUGGAGAGGAUCUGGAGCCACGGGCUGCAGGUCAAACAGGGGAAGUCGGCCCUGUGGUCUCACCUGCUGCACUACCAGGCCCGAGAGGAGAAGCUGGAGCAGCAGCAGGCAGAGUCACCAGUGUCACAUGUUCCUGAGAGGAGGAAGUCUGAUUGUUCCAUAGCGAUGCCGUCUCUACAUGUGUCACUCAUACAGGAUAUGAGGCAUAUCCAGAGUAUGUCAGAGAUAAAGACAGAUGUGGGACGAGCGAGAGCCUGGAUCCGUUUGUCCCUGGAGAAGAAGCUGCUCUCUCAGCACCUCAAACAGCUGCUGUCCCGACAAGCCUUAACCAAGAAGCUGUACAAGCGUUACGCCUUCCUGCGCUGUGAGGAGGAGAAGGAGCAGUUCCUCUUCCACCUGCUCUCUCUCAACGCCGUCGACUACUUCUGCUUCACCAGCGUCUUCACCACCAUCAUGAUCCCGUAUCGAGUCGUCAUCAUCCCCAUCAAGAAGCUGAGCAACGCCAUGACUACCUCCAACCCCUGGGUGUGUGUGUCAGGAGAGCUGGGAGACUCGGGCAUCAUGCAGAUCCCCAAAAAUGUCCUGGAGAUGACUUUUGAUUCUGCUUUCAGGCCUCACACACACAUCUCCGCCUUGUUCAAGUGUCAGAACCUGGGGAAGCUGACCACCGUGCAGCUGGGUCAUGAUAACGCUGGCCUCCUGGCUAAAUGGCUGGUGGACUGUGUCAUGGUGCGCAAUGAGAUCACAGGACACACCUACAGGUUUCCAUGUGGUCGGUGGCUUGGUAAGGGCGUGGACGACGGCAGCCUGGAGAGGGUCCUGAUCGGUGAGCUGGUGGUGCCCAGUGGAGAGGAGGAUUCUGGGAGAGGCUGCCGUACACCCCCGCUGCAGCGCUCGCCAUCCCAGACCAGACGCAUCAGCAUCACGUCACUGUCUGGACGAGGACACAAACCAACUUCAGCCCAAAUCCAAGAGGCCAUCGGGGAGGCUGUGAACAACAUCGUCAAACACUUCCACAAGCCAGAGAAAGAGAGAGGCAGCCUGACCAUCCUGCUCUGUGGAGAGAGCAGCUUGGUGGCAGCUCUGGAACAGUUCUUCCAUCACAGCUUCAAGUCUGCACGGCUCUUCCAGAAGACUGUGUUUGUGUGGGACUUUGUGGAGAAGGCUGUUGCCUACAUGGAGUCAGCUGAUCAGAUGGGAGACCUUCAGGAGACCGCGGAGCCCCUGGGGAUGACCUGUCAGUCACUCUGUCACUACGUCAACGCAAUCAACUCCACUCCUAGGAACAUCGGCAAGGAUGGGAAGUUCCAGUUGCUGGUCUGCCUCGGAGCCAGAGACCGUCUGCUGCCCCAGUGGCUCCCCCUGCUGGUGGAGUGCCCGGUGAUCCUGCAGAUGUACGAGGACACAGCCCUGCUCAGAGACCGCACCACUGUCAACGCCCUCAUCGGAGUCCUGGAAACGCUCCACGACUUCCCCAUCACACUGGAAGCCUCGCUGGUCAAAGGCAUCGACCUUUAGCCCCAGGAGGGACCACCGGGCCGCCACUCAGCUCUGCAUAUUCCUCCUAAACCUCCCCUCACUACCAACAACUUCACCCACUCCUCCACUUUUAGUCAAUGACCAGGGAAGGAGGAAGUGAGGGAUAAGAAAUGAAAACUGAACAGAGGUUUGGUUACCAAAGUAAAAAGUGUCACUGCUGCAUGUGAGAAGUCUGGGCUUUGCAUCAACCAAACGCCUGGAUGCAGUAUUAUUACCCCACUUGUGGCUCUGAAAAACCCCUUUUAAUUAAAUUACCACCAGUGCUUAAUCGUGUUUUACUUUAAUGACUACAAAUUGCAAAUACGUCACAGUACUGUGCACAAUUUUCCAGAACAUACCAUUCGUUUUCAGGUUGAUUUCCUACCUUCCAGGGAGCCAUUGGUUUCAGUUUUUUUCAUUAUGCAAAAAAUCUACUUGAAGCAACUUAAAGCUUGCUGGAGAUUUGUAAGCCAUCAUAGUAUGUUCUAUUUUUCUUAAUGCCAACAAAUCCCAUGAAAAGACCCAAACCAACAAUGUGUUAGUCCUUCUCUCAAAUACUUUCUGACUUCCCCACUCUGUCUGUGGCUCUCAGCUCCGAGCCCAUUGGUUCCUACUGAAGACAUAAAUCUUUAAAAACACCUCACAAAUAUAGUUUUAUUUUUAACAGAGGCUCAGUAAUUCCCCAAAACAGCUGCUCGCUGUAGUUUGUAUCAAACAAACAGGAGGAAACAGUGCAUUUGUUAGGGACUAAUUUCAGCGGCGGAUGAAUCCACAUGAGGUGCUGUAGUGAGUGUUUUGGGCAGCAGGACGGUGUGUGUGGGACUGAGUCAGAAUAAACUACAGUGUGUGUGUUCAUGGUGAUGAAGGAACAUGUCACCCAGUGCAGCAGAGCGGCUCACUGAUGUGUUUUAAUAGUUUCUGGACAACAGUGGAGCGCUGUGGCUCAGAGGAAGAAGGUAUAUCAAAUAAUUGUUAGUAGGAUCACUUCAUUGUUGGUUUGGGUCAGUUCAUAAAAUUUGAUGACUACAAGAAAAUAUAGAAUAUCAAAACAGUCCCUGCUCUCAACAAGAUUAACAUGUAAUGCUAAUGUAAUUUUACAAAAAAUAACAUUUCUGCAAGUUGAUUUUCGUUGUGUACUAAAGUGAACUGAAGCAGUGGCUGCUUGGAAGGAGGAAAAGCCAUCUAAAAAAUGUUAAGCACGCUUUGGAAAACCGGACACAAGAAGAUAAACGGGGUGAAAGAUUGCAACUGGUGUGAUACUUAAAAAUAUUAGUAGCAGCAGCAGGCGUUUCCCAUGUGCUAGCUGUGUAGCCUAGCCCUCCUUCGGUAGGUACAACUAGAUAAACUGUGUGAUAAAUUCUCUUUGCUCGCUUGCAACUGGCCAUUACGGUGCCACCAUCCACACACCCUAGUUAGCAUUAGCAUUAGCAUUAGCGAGCAUGCCUAUAGGAUGUGGAAAGAAGAGACGACCUCAGGAAGAGACUGAAUGAUCACUGACACACUGAAACAAGGAUUAUGACAAAGACGGUGGUGGUGGUGAUGGAGUUCUGUUCUGUAAGCCACUGACUCUCAUGCAGUGUAGUGUUGUGGAGUCACCAGCUCUCCAUGCCUCUCUUUCUUUUAAUUCGCUGGACUUGUGUUGGGCAUUUUCUCUGCUUUUAACCUGUAGACACAAAAACUGAUCUCAGUGAUGUGGUUCAGAGUCAGGAGCUUAACCUGUGGCUGCAUGGACAUUCCUACCAACCUACAGGCAUUGGCCUGGGUGUUUUAAAUGCUGUCUCAGUGUGUGUGUGUGUGUGUGUGUAUGUGUGGUUGAGUGUGUGUCAUAUUUCACAGAUGUGUGUGCUCUGGUGUGUGUGUUUGCCCUCCAUUUAUUUUUAUAUCUUCCAACUUAAAGUUUUUAACGUAAUCCACUGGUUUCUGUAGUGUAAUGUAACACUGUGUGUGUGUGUGUGUGAGAGAUUUGUGAAUGCUACACACAUUAAUUUAUAAUGUGUAAGAGUUUGCCGUUAUCACCACUUCAUUAACAGCUAAAAUGUUCAACAAAAUAAAACUCAAGGUCAGCUUAAUAGCUUUUUCCCGGAGCUUGUCACGGAGUUGACUCGGCUGUCAUCACAUGACUUAAGCAGGGAACUUUUGCGGUUGAAAGCUCUGGCAAAGGCUAGUAAGGCUAGGCUGGAUGUUGAGCAGACCUAAAGUUGCGUGAAUAUGAUUCACGUGGUGACAUAAACAAACAAAAGUGCUCUGAUGGUAGCAAGGCUAUUUUGCUAACCUGAAUAUUUAGUUUAUUUCAAUCACCCUUUUUUGGCUUCGUGACAGAAACAGUCAGAGAACCACUGCUGUAAACGAAUGUUGUAAUCACUGGAAUAGAAAUGCUAACAGUAGAGAGUUUGGAGUGAAUCAGCCACUUGUAGCUUGGUCUACUUAUGGAACAUCUAAUUUCAGCAUUAGAAUGCAACAUUCAUGUCAUAUAAUAGAGGUGUAACUACGAGCUCCUAACCUGGAAAUACAGAAAUCUCGAUUCUUUACCUCCCGCUAGAUGAAUAACACGAAAUGUCCCUUUAAAUCAGAGUUUGCAGUUUGGAUGUUGGGCUCAAAUCCUGCUUCACAAUGUGACAUCAGUGUAAACAAAUGCUACUUUUUCCAAGAGUUUAUGGUUGUAUGCAACAAUGUACGUAGAUACACUUGUAGACUGAUUUUCAUCAGUGUUGUUUUUAAAGGAAUAGUUCAGCAUCAUGGGAAAUACACUCAUUGGCUUUCUUCCAGAAAGUGAGAUGAGAAGAUUGAAAUCAAUCUCACAUCUGUGUGUUAAAUAAAGAGCUGGAGUCAGGAUGUGGUUAGCCUAGCUUAGCAUAAAGACUAGAUGCAGGGGGAAGCUAGCCUGACCCUGUCCAAAGUGAAAAAGCAAAAUACACCUCUGAACAACCGUGUAUUCAUCCCCCCUGAAAUUCUGUGCAGCGUCAGUUGGUUCCCACAUCCAGUCGGUGAGCACAGGUUUUGGUUCUGGUCUCUGUACAAGCACUAUAGUACCAAACCUGACUCCAGUCACUGUGCCUGGCUGCUGUUUGCCCAGUAUUUUACUCCACCUAAAACCAUCAGUUGCUGUUUGCAGAUUUCUGUUCAUACACAGGUUAAAAACAAGAUACAUCUUGUAAAUCACACGGCUUUAACGUUAUUUCUAUGUAUAUCUUUUUCACAUUGGACAGAGCGAAGCUAGCUGCUAGGCUAACCGUGUCCUCCAGCCCUGUACUCAGUGCAAAGACAUAAGACUGAUAUCCAUCUUCUAAUCUGACUCUUGGAAAGAAAGCAAAAACUAUAGUAACAUUAGUUAAAGUGCAAUGUACAAUGACAAUUUUCUGGUGCUUUGUGGAGGACAAACUAAUUAAUACUUAACAGCAGGUGUCAGUGUUUUUCCUUGGAAGUUCAAACACAAGGAGGUCAGUAAUGUGUAGGUUGUUGAAAUAAAAUAAUAGCUUAAUAGUUAUUUUUUAAUGGAUAAGGCUGGUGUUAUGCUGUAUUUUUUUUUUUACUGUCAACAGAUUCAAUGAAAAGACCAAAACCAAUGAAGUGUUAGUCCAUUUCUCAAUACUUUCUGACUUCCCUACCCUGUCUGUUGUAAACGACAUAAAUCUUUAAAAACACCUCACAAAUAUGUGGUUUUGUUGUUUAAAAAGGCUCAGUAAUUUCCCAAAACAGCUGCUCACUGUAGUUUUUAACAAGCGUCACUCAGACAGGAGGAAAUAGUGCAUUUGUUGGGGACUAUUUUAAGUGGUGGAUUAAUACACAGUUUGUUCACAACUGGGCACUUACUGCACAACAGUGAGGUUUAUUUUUUAUUUUUUUAAGUUUUGCCUACCUGGGGAUCCAUUGUUGGUUUGGGUCUUUUCAUGGGAUUUGUUGACAGUAAGAAAAAUACAGCAUAGCCUUAUCCUUGAGGGAAGUUUUAGCAUAAAAUUCAUUUGAGAUCAGAGCGCGAUGUUACAAGCCAGCUGUUCAACCUUUCAACUCCCAUAUUAACACGACCUCUGUCAGAUAUGAAAGGAAGGAACAUUUGAUUUAUAUUAAAGUAUUGUAUUCAACCCCCACCUCCUUCAAACACAGACAAACUGCAUAUUUUUUCUACUUUAGCGGCGGCCUACAGAUUUGGGUGGAAACUAUAUUUGAUCCCCCUUAAACUUUUGCUGCAUGAGAGAUUUUGCCACUGUUGCCACUUACCGCUGUCUAAAUGAAUCCUUUCUGAGAAAUGGUGUAAAUAUUCUCAUAAGUGCAUGUUGACAUUUAGACUGAGCUGUAUUUAUUGUGACCGUCUCUAAUGAAUUCUAGAUGGUAGUUGAGUUUUGAGGGGGGAAAAAAGUGGACAUCUUUGCAACCCCACUUCCCUGUAGCAUUUUUGCUGUUUCCAGUAUUGAGUCUGUGAAGGACACACAGCCUGUCAUUUUGCUUUUGAAUGUCUUGAUUUCAUGUAUUUAUUAAUUUAAUAUUAAUCCAUGGCAGGUUGACAGUAGCACUGGUAUUUUAAGGUUGAUGAGGCCUGCGGAAUAACUGGAAACAUUCAUGUCUUUAAAGCAGUAACCACUAUUUUCACUUCAAGUGUUUUUAUCAUGUUUUAACCCUCUGUGCUCCUGCUGCUGUGCCCCUGAUGCCUCUCCUACAGGACUGUCCACAGCUCCAAAGCACAAUAACUCUUUGCUGAUGGCUACAGGGCAGACUUCUGGAGGAGGACAUGCAUUGUGCACGAUUGAGAUUCCUUCUUAGACUACUGCACACUUUGCUUACUGAGUCAGUUUCUUAUAUGAACAUGUCAUGUGACAAGUGGUAUUAACCCUGAGUGAAUCUGCUCAAACAGGAAACAGGAAAUGCAACUGACAGCCAUGACAGCGGUGGCUGUGCAUCCUGCUCACGGCGGGAACGCCACCGGACAAAUGGAGUUUCAUGCCUGUGUUGGACUGACUACUCUGUUGUGAUAUUUAUUAUGCCUAUUUCAAUAAAAACACCCUGUGUGUUAAAGGCG